CAUAACCCAAAUUUUUGAAUUCAAUUUUUAGCGGUUUUUCUUUUCAAUUUUUUGCGUUUAAUUUCCAACAGAAUGUCUAUGAAUAAAUUUAUGCAUCCCCGUAAUAUUUAUAAAAGUCCCCCGGACUUCAAAGCCUUGGCAGUUGAAUUUUCCGAGUUUAAAAAUCACGUGAAGUUAGAUAUCGCGGGUAAAACAGUUUUUGAUUUUAAAGACCCCGAAGCACUUCGAGCCCUUUCACGGGCUCUGUUAAAGAAAGAUUUCGAUUUGGACGUGGAAAUACCGAAAACGAAGCUAAUUCCUACCAUUCCUUUGAGGCUGAACUAUAUUUUAUGGAUUGAGGAUUUAUUAGAGUUUGUUGAACGUGAAAAUGAUAUUAAAGGUAUUGAUAUUGGUACUGGGGCUUCUUGCGUGUAUCCUUUAAUGGCUGCGAAGAAGAAUAAAUGGUUUCUGUUGGCUACAGAGACUGAUAAAGACAGUAUUGCAUGUGCUCGAAGCAAUGUAGAUAAAAACAAUCUUUCUUCUUUUAUAAAAGUUUUAGAAACCACAGGAGACACAUUGCUUACUGAUAUAAUUAAGGAAGACGAAGAAUACGAUUUCUGUAUGUGCAAUCCUCCAUUUUUUUCAAGCACACAAGAGUUACAUCCUUUUUUUAAAUCGAGAACCAGAAAUAGACCUCAUCCCAAGAACGCUUUUGUUGCCAGCGUUAAUGAAGUUGUUGCUAAGGGUGGUGAAGUAGAAUUUAUACAGAAACUUAUUGCUGAAAGCAAAGUAUUGGGUGACAGAGUUAAACUCUACACAACUAUGGUAGGUCAAAAAAGUGAUUUACCUGCAUUGAAGAAAAGUUUGCGUGACAUAAACAUUCAUAGCUUUAAAGAAGCCGAAUUUUGUCAAGGAAAUACCACACGCUGGGGUUUGGCAUGGACAUUUUUAGACUGUGACCUAAGGAAAGCACCAGAUAUAGCAAAAUUAGCUUCAAAGUCACCGAUCAAAAACAAGGCUCCUCUAAUUUUUGAACUAUCAGAUACCGAAUCCACACCUGAAAAUGUGCUUGAAAUGACUAAAAAUAUGUUGGAAUUAUUCAAAAAACUUCAAAUGACUAUUGAGGAAGUGACAAGAAACAAACUUCAUCAAAGAUUUUUUGUGAGUGCAUAUUCUAAUACUUGGUCGCAUCAAAGACGGAAAAGACGACAGAAAUUGAGACAGUCAACUGAAGAAAAACUUACUAUAAAUAAUAACAGUGAAUGUGAAAUUGAAAACACACCAAAAUCUCCAGGAAAGAGAACCAUAGAUGAUAUUUGUGAAUCAACAACUAAAAAAUUGAGAUUGAGUACCGAAAGUGACUCGAAUCAGGAAGCUGUAUUUUAUAAAUUCUUGUUUGCCAUAAACUGUGAUAAAAAUAAGGUGUAUAUAGAGUUAAAUACUUUAGAUGAAGAGAGUAACAGAGAAUAUUUACAUCAAAUAUUACAGUAUAUUAAGAAUAACUUUGAUAAAACUGAAGAUAAUACUUCUAAAAAUACAGUAUAACUUGAUUGAGUAUGUUUAUAUAGUUUAUACUGUAUAAAAAAGUUUUUUAUGAUGUAAUUGUUCAUAGGUUUACAUCGAGUUGUACAAAAUGAAUUGAGUUAAAUCAAUAACAUGUUUAAGUAACCUUUAUUUAAUGAGAAUGUUGUUUAUUUUUAGGUAUUCUAAACUUUUUAAGAGUUAAUAUAUUUAUUUUUUU